AUGGAUGGACAUGCUUGGCAUGCCUGGGACAACAAAGUCCACUCAAGAGACCAUGCAAGGAGGCAUGAAAAAACACAGACACAUUUAAGCUCUGUUCAGUAUCAUUGUUCUAAGCACCAGGGAGCUUUUGAUGCAGGGGGCUGUGUACCAGGUGAUGGUGAAAAGUUCCCCAGUACCCAUGAUCAAUCCAUGCAUGGUAUUGGCCUUAUUCUUGAGGAGAUAUCUGUCCCUAAUGUGGAGGAUGGCUUUGGGGAAUACAUUGGUGCAGACUUUGAUGAAGAGGGACCAGGGGAGCAAGAUGGGGAGACACUGGAUAGUGAAUCAGAGGUGAAUGUGUUUAUGGGGACUGGAAAUGAAGGGGAUACUGGAAUGAAAUCUGAUGGACAGAUGACUACUUCUGAGGGAAAUGAGUGGUUUCCAUGGCCAAACAAAUUGUCUUGUACAAUAGAUAUCUUGAUGCACAUCCCUUGCUCUGUCUUCUCACAGCAUCAACUUGAUCUCUUGAUGUGGCUACUACACAUCAAUGGCAUUCAAGAUGUACCAUCUGUUAGAACAAUGAAGACUCUUGAAGAUGGCCUUCAAAAAAUCUGUGGUAUUGAAACUUUGCCUUUCACUGGUGCUUUUGGGCACCAAUAUUAUAUGAAUUCAUUUUCAGACAUUAUCAGGCAGGUUGAAAAUUCAGGGGGACAGUUGAAUGAGGCAUACCAGGCCAGAAGGUGGUUAAAAGAAAUGGAUCCAACACAGCUGACUCCUAUGAUUUGCCUUCAUGGUCAAGAUUUUUUCAUAUUUGAGCCAGCCCUUUUGUCAAAUGGGCAGGUUUGCAUGCCUAUAAGGUGGUUUAAAUGUGGAGGGCUUUUUUUUGCCAAGGCAUGGUCUCUUCAUGCUGUUGUUAAUGACACAGGAAGUGGUUGGAUAGUUGAGGGGCACACAGAGAUUGAAAUCUCAGAAAGAAACUUACUGGUAUCAUUCAAGAAUUGGAAUAUCAGUCAAUCAACAUCUGUUCUCCCUCCUGCACACAAUAUCUUAGGUAUGUUUCUUUUACUACUACAUUUGUCCUACUCAAAACAACUAGGAAUUGAAAAUAGUUGUCAGGCUGGACUGUUGUUGGAACCAUGGACACUCACAAACCCACAUCAGGGAAAUCAUUGGUGUGUCUAUGGUUUUCCAAUCUGGCUUUACUGUGAUGAUACUUCAGGGAAUGUAUCAAAACGUUGGAACAAGCACCAUUCAUUCCUGUUCACACCAGCUGGCUUGCCACAUGCUGCAGUGCAUCAGGAAUACAAUGUUCACUUCCUAUGCACAUCUAAUGUUGCACCACCCCUUGAAAUGUUGGAUGGUUUUGUAAAUCAGCUUGAGGCUGCUCAAGAGACAGGUGUAUGGGCAUGGGAUUGUGUACACAAGGAGCAAGUGUUAAUGAUUCCCUCUGUCUUAGCCCUGUUGGGGGACAAUCCAAUGCAAAGUGAGCUUGCCUGUCAUGUAGGGUUGAGGGGAAAAUACUUCUGUUGUGUUUGCAAUGUCAAAGGCCAUGACACUCAAGACUUGGACACAAAUGCUAAUGAUGAAACACUGGAGCAGAGUGAUGGAGGACAGAGUGAUGGUCAGAGAUUGUCAAUAAUUGAGCUCAAAUCAAUGUUUACAAUGGCAUCUACCAUAGGGAAUCAAACCAAAAUCAAGGAGAAGAUGACAUCAACUGGAUUGAAAGACACAUAUCUUGAAUACUUUAUCAAUGGGAUGGCAGCAUCAUGUAAGAGGCAGCAGGGAAGCAGUUCAAAGCAGGAGGCACUGGAUGUGUUCAUCAAGGGACUUCCUGAGAAUGUGUAUAGCCCAGUGUGGCGCAUCAAAGGACUUAAUCCUCAUGCAGACACUCCUGUGGAGGUGCUGCACACUGUUCUUUUAGGAUUUGUCAAGUAUUUCUGGAGAGAUGUGGUGAACAUCAGGGUUGGCAAGAACAAAAUAAAGCAUGAACUUCUUGAAGCUCACCUGUCUUCAUUUGAUACAACAGGGCUAGGGAUACCACCCCUGUCUGGUCACACCCUUGUCCAGUAUGCUGGAUCAUUGGUGGGCCAUGACUUUCAUGCAAUAGCACAGGCUGCACCAUUUGUUCUCCAUGGACUUGUUCCACAAGAAUGCUAUGAGGCCUGGGUAGCAUUAUCAAAAAUGAUCCCCCUCAUUUGGAAACCAGAAAUUGAAGAUGUUGAUGCUCACUUGACACAACUUGAAAUUGCAAUUCAAGAAUUUCUUGCUCGCACUGCAUGCUGGACACCUCACUGGUUCAACAAACCCAAAUUUCAUAUAUUGCUCCACCUUCCAGAGCAUAUCCAUCCUUUUGGUCCUGCUGCCUUGUUUGCCACUGAAGGAUUUGAGUCAUUCAAUGCAGUCAUCCAUGCCAAAAGUGCAUUUGCUCAUGGAAACCGCAUUCAUCACAUUCUCAGUGGUGCUCCAUUACACAUCCAUGCAAAUCACCCCAACCUUGGAGUUCAAAUAAAGAAGCUGAUUGAGAAGCCACCUCUGGAUGCCCUGAAUGCUGGAGAUGCUGGAGUUUGGUGGCCUGCAGGCACAGCCCUGCUGACACUUGUUAGUAAACCCAAUAUUAUCACAGAUUAUCUGGGUAUGGAUAGCUCCUCUCUGUCAAAGCCAGGAUCUUGUGUAAAGGACAACCUGCCCUGGCAUCCAUACCAUGAAACCAGGACUGGCCAACAAUUCCCCACAGCUCUCUCUUCCCUUUCCCAGGAAAUACUCCAUGACAAUAAUUUUCAUACAUGCAGGUCUAUGAUCUUGAUGAAUGGGGACAGAUGCAUUCCAGGCCAAUGGGUUCUCAUUCACCAACAGAAUGGUCAGCAACCUCUGGUUGCACAGGUGAAGGAGAUUAUUCAAAGGCAAGGGUCAACUGCAGAGAUGACAUCUUCCCCAGAUGCCAUUUUUCUUCAGUCAGGAAAAAUACAGGGGUCCACCAGACCUUAUCAGAUGCCAUUGGUGCAGUAUGAUGAUACCAAUAUACUUCUCCCCAUUGAGGUAAGUUUACUACAUUUAUCCAUUCAUGAUACUUAG